UCAUAUUGGAAAGAUAUGAUUUUUAAUUCAGGUAUAUAUAUAUAUAUAUUGAUUGAUUGAUGAGAAGCAAAAAUGGUGGUUUCUUGAUUUUUUUAAUCAAGAAAAGUUGUCCCCUUUAUUAGUGCAUAGAGAUUAAAGAUUAAAGAUUCAAUCUUUUUUGCUGUUGAGGUGAUUUGGGGUUUCCUUAUUUGGCUUUCUUUCCAAUUUGGGUGUUUUGAAUUUUCUAUGGGGGAUUUUUUGAAUUGAUUUCAUUACCAUAUCAAGAAUUGGAUUCUGUGAAGUGGGUAUUUUGUGUUUUAAUUCAGAGGGCAGUUCAAAGGAAUUCUAUUUAAUGCCAGUUAAUUGGAACCUAUUGGCAGCCAGCCAUUUUUGAUAUAUAUUGAUUUGGAAAAUGCUGAUAUAAGGCUAAGGCAUUGAUAAUAGUUCUGUAAUCAGUGAAUAGUUUGUUGAAUCUUCUAUGUUGGGCACUUGUCAGGGGCUCUAUGCUGAUGUUUUGUUGCAGCAAUUUGGAUAUGAGUUUUGUUACUGAAUGAGGUUAUAGCAAUGAGAGGCAAAGGCCUCUCUAAUGUUGUCAAUGGAUGCCUCGAAUAGGACAUUCUCUGAUCUGUUAAAGUUACUGAAAUCGUGGAUCCCUUGGCGACAUGAGCCUGAUAAUGUAUCGAGGGAUUUUUGGAUGCCCGAUCAUAGCUGUAGGGUAUGUUAUGAUUGUGAUUCUCAGUUCACAUUGUUUAACCGUAGGCAUCAUUGUCGUCUUUGUGGGCGAGUAUUCUGUGGCAAGUGCACAUCUAAUUGGGUUCCAGCACCAUCCAGUGAGCCAAGGCCACUACAAGAUGAGUGGGAAAAGAUCAGAGUUUGCAAUUACUGUUUCAAGCAAUGGGAGCAAGGUUUAGCGGCUAGUGUUAGAACUCAGAUUGCUAACCUGCAUACGAGUACUUCUUCGCCUUCUGCAACCAGUUUUAUUAGCUUCAAGUCUACUGGAACUGGUGAGAGCAGUAGCAUUACCGUUACUUCAGUGCCACACUCUUCGGUACUUAGUCCAUGCAAAUCAGCUGUAACAGAAUCUACUCUAGAGACACAAAAUGUUGCAACAUCGAGAGGGAGCUUUGAUCCUGCUAGUAAAGGGGUUUUGGACCCUUCCCUAAACCAAUAUGCAUUUUGCACAACAAGGAGUGAUGAUGAAGAAGAGGAAUAUGGUGUUUACCAGUUAGAUUCCCAGGGGCAUUUUCCUCAGGUUAAUGGCUACUAUGGCCACGUUCAGUAUGACGAGAUCAAAAAGGACUAUGGAUCUCAUAAAGUACACGCUGACGGAGAAGCUAUGGAUGAAAAAAGUGUGAGCAGCUCUUCCUUACACAAUAGUUUUGAUUCCCAGGCUUCCGAAGAAGUCCAACAGAUUGUAAAACAGGACAUCUCUGAUGAAUGUGAAGUGCCUUCAUCCCUAAAUGUUGCAGAAGAUGCUAAUCUGGAACCUGUGGAUUUUGAGAACAAUGGAGUUCUGUGGCUUCCACCUGAACCAGAAGACGAAGAAGAUGAAAGGGAAGCACUUCUAUAUGACGAUGAUGAGGACGGGGAUGCUGCAGGAGAGUGGGGAUGUUUACGGUCAUCAAGCAUCUUUGGAAGUGGUGAAUUUAGAAGUAGGGAUAGGUCAAAUGAGGAGCAGAAAAAGGCUGUGAAAAAUGUGGUUGAUGGCCACUUCAGGGCUUUAGUAUCACAGCUUAUGGAGGUUGAAAAACUUGCCAUCGAUGAGGAAGACGAAAAAGAGAGUUGGCUGGAGAUUAUUACAUCCCUGUCAUGGGAAGCUGCCACACUUCUGAAACCAGACACUAGCAAGGGCGGAGGGAUGGACCCUGGGGGAUACGUAAAGGUGAAAUAUGUAGCAUCUGGGCAUCGUAGUGACAGUGCGGUGGUGAAAGGAGUUGUCUGCAAGAAAAACGUAGCUCAUCGACGAAUGACGUCCAAAAUAGAGAAGCCUCGCAUAUUAAUCCUUGGAGGGGCUCUUGAGUACCAGCGUGUCUCCAACCACUUAUCAAGUUUUGAUACUUUGUUGCAGCAGGAAAUGGAUCAUCUCAAGAUGGCUGUUGCCAAAAUUGAUGCACACCAACCAGAUGUUCUUCUGGUGGAAAAAUCUGUUUCUCGCUAUGCACAAGAGUACCUCCUGGCAAAGGACAUAUCACUUGUCUUAAAUAUCAAGAGGACACUUUUGGAGCGUAUAGCCCGCUGCACGGGUAGUCAAAUAGUACCUUCAAUAGAUCAUCUCUCCUCUCAAAAAUUGGGAUACUGUGACAUGUUCCAUGUUGAGAAGUUUUUCGAAGAGCAUGGUACAGCCGGGCAGAGUGGAAAGAAGCUGGUGAAGACUCUAAUGUACUUUGAAGGCUGUCCAAAGCCACUGGGAUGCACUGUAUUACUCUGUGGCGCAAAUGGGGAUGAGUUGAAGAAAGUAAAGCGUGUCUUUCAAUAUUCAAUUUUUGCAGCUUAUCAUUUGGGUCUGGAAACUUCUUUUCUUGCUGAUGAGGGAGCAUCUCUACCUGAACUGCCUCUGAAUUCUCCAAUAACUGUAGCACUUCCAGAUAAAUCAUCAACUAUUGACCGGUCAAUCUCAACAAUACCUGGUUUUACCUUUCCUUCCACUGAAAAAACUCAAUCACCACUAUGUGGUGGUGCACCACAGAGAUCAGGUAGCAUUCCCACAUCAGACCUGGUCAAGGCUGCAAGCCUUUGUGCUCAGCCAAUGGGUAUGACAGAGUUCCCAACUGCAGCACGCACUGAGACUUCCUUCCGUGGGCCCUCCGCAACUGGUGCAUCUAUGGACAGAGGUAUCGUAAAUAUGAUAGAGUAUUCCAGAUUAACGCCUUCAGAGAAUGCAGAACAAGGUUGUUUGUCACAGAAUGUUCAAAAUUGCAUUGCUGUGGCUGUGAACCAAAGUGGCUCAAAUCCAAUGGUUUUGCAACUAGAUGGAAAACAUGUUCACGAUGAACCAGCUUCUUCAAAGGAAGAGUUUCCUCCGUCCCCAUCUGACCAUCAAAGCAUUUUAGUUUCCUUAUCAUCCCGAUGUGUUUGGAAAGGAACUGUCUGUGAAAGGUCCCAUCUCUUUCGGAUCAAAUACUAUGGGAACUUUGAUAAGCCAUUGGGUCGAUAUCUACGAGACAAUUUGUUUGAUCAAAGUUACAGAUGUAGUUCAUGUGAGAUGCCUUCAGAAGCACAUGUACAGUGUUAUACUCAUCGACAAGGCACUCUAACUAUUUCUGUUAAGAAGCUGCCAGAGUUUCUUUUGCCUGGUGAAAGGGAAGGAAAAAUAUGGAUGUGGCACAGGUGCCUCAGAUGUCCAUGGGUUAAGGGCUUUCCUCCAGCAACUCAAAGAAUAGUGAUGUCCGAUGCUGCUUGGGGCUUAUCCUUUGGGAAGUUUCUCGAACUUAGUUUUUCAAACCAUGCAGCUGCUAGCAGGGUAGCUAGCUGCGGGCAUUCUUUACAUAGAGAUUGUCUUCGGUUUUAUGGUUUCGGAAAAAUGGUUGCUUGCUUUCGCUAUGCGUCAAUUGAUGUUCACUCAGUGUGCCUUCCUCCUGCAAAGCUGGAUUUCAACUAUGAGAAAAAUCAGGACUGGAUACAACAAGAAGUGAAUGAGGUUGUUAGUCGAGCUGAACGUUUGUUUUCUGAGGUUCUGAAUGCAAUCCGUCUUUUGGUGGAGAAAAGAUCUGUUGGUCAAUUUAACAGCAGCGUUAAAGCACCUGAAGCUAGAGGUCAGAUUGCUGUUUUGGAAGGGAUGCUGCAGAAGGAGAAAGAAGAAUUUGAAGAAUCUCUCCAGAAAAUUCUGACCAAGGAGGCGAAAAAGGUGCAGCCGAUGGUUGAUAUUUUCGAGAUUAAUCGGUUGCGAAGACAACUCAUUUUCCAGUCUUAUAUGUGGGAUCACCGACUUGUAUAUGCAGCCAGCUUAGAAUGCGAGGCUCAUUGCGUUACUGGAGAGAAACCCCUGGUCAGUAAUGAUAAGUACACUGAUCCAGAUAGGCCCAGUGACUGUUUGAAUGUCUCUGGUUCUCGUUCUACAACUACAAAUGUUGGUGCAACAUCUAAUGAUAAGUACACUGAUCCAGAUAGGCCCAGUGACUGUUUGAAUGUCUCUGGUUCUCGUUCUACAACUACAAAUGUUGGUGCAACAUCUAAUGAUAAGUACACUGAUCCAGAUAGGCCCAGUGACUGUUUGAAUGUCUCUGGUUCUCGUUCUACAACUACAAAUGUUGGUGCAACAUCUAAUGAAGGAGUAGGUGUUAGCCAAAAGAAUCAUGUGGAUGCAGAUCAUCAAGGAUCUGAUGAUCUCGUUGAUUCUAGUUGUGCAAUUGAAAAACCAUCAGGUCUUCCUGUUGUAACAGAAAGCUUCUACGGAUUGAACUCCGCGGAAUCCAAUAUAGAGGGUUCCAGAGCCCUUUCUGACGGGCAGUCCCCGAUCAUGGAUAAUUUGUCAGAUACUCUUGAGGCAGCUUGGACUGGUGAAACUACUUCCGCUGUCGGAGUGCUGAAGGAUGGUACUUGCAGAUCUUCCGAACCACUUACUGCAGAUUCUUCAACAACUAGAUUAGCAGAAAAAGUGGACAUUGAAGACCCUGGUGAGGAACAUGGGGGAACUAAGGCAUCUGGAUUUCCUCCUUCUUUAUCCUCUAAAGGCUCUGAAAAUGUGGAAGACGUCGGGGGAUGGUUAGGUAUGUCUUUUAUUAGCUUUUACCGGUCACUGAACAAAAACUUUUUACCAAGUGCUCAGAAGUUGGAUACGCUUGGCGAGUACAGCCCUGUCUACAUUUCAUCAUUUAGAGAGUCAGAGGCCCAAGGUGGAGCGAGGUUGCUCCUACCUGUUGGGAUUAAUGAUACCAUUAUACCAGUGUAUGAUGAUGAGCCCACUAGUAUUAUAUCUUACGCACUAGUAUCACAGGAUUAUAUUGCACAACUAGCUGAUGAGCUAGAGAAAUCUUCUAGUUUGGACUCUAACCUUCCGCUGCAGUCCCUAGAAUCUGGAAGUCUGCAGUCCCUUCAGUCUAUGGAUGAAAUAGUAUUAGAAUCAUACAGAAGUCUCGGAUCUGCUGAUGAGAGUAUCUUGUCUUCGUCCAGUAGUCAUAGCUCUUCGGUUUUGGAUCCACUCUCAUACACAAAGGCAAUGCAUGCCAGAGUCUCCUUUUCAGAUGAUGGACCACUAGGGAAAGUGAAGUAUACAGUGACUUGUUAUUUUGCAAAGCGCUUUGAAGCUUUGAGGAGGAUAUGUUGCCCAUUUGAGAUGGAUUUCAUAAGAUCUCUUAGUCGCUGUAAGAAGUGGGGAGCCCAAGGAGGCAAGAGCAAUGUUUUCUUUGCUAAAACGUUGGAUGAUCGAUUCAUUAUUAAGCAAGUGACCAAGACAGAGCUGGAAUCCUUUAUAAAAUUUGCUCCUGCAUAUUUUAAAUAUCUUUCUGAAUCAGUAAGCUCAAGGAGCCCUACUUGCCUGGCUAAAAUUCUGGGGAUCUAUCAGGUGACAUCUAAGCAUUUUAAAGGAGGGAAGGAAUCUAAAAUGGAUGUGCUAGUUAUGGAGAACCUUCUAUUUGGGAGGAAUCUAACGAGGCUUUAUGACCUUAAAGGAUCUUCCAGGUCUCGUUACAAUCCCGAUUGUAGUGGAAGCAAUAAGGUCUUGCUGGAUCAGAACUUGAUCGAGUCAAUGCCAACUUCGCCUAUUUUUGUUGGAAACAAAGCCAAAAGACUUUUGGAACGAGCUGUCUGGAAUGACACUGCUUUUCUUGCAUCAGUUGAUGUGAUGGAUUACUCACUAUUAGUCGGGGUUGACGAAGAGAAACAUGAACUUGUUCUUGGGAUUAUUGACUUUAUGAGGCAGUAUACAUGGGACAAGCACCUAGAGACAUGGGUUAAGGCCUCUGGCAUCCUUGGCGGACCCAAGAACGUGUCUCCGACUGUAAUUUCACCUAAGCAAUACAAAAAGAGGUUCCGGAAAGCAAUGACCACCUAUUUUCUUAUGGUUCCGGAUCACUGGUCACCUCAUACAAUUACUCCCAACAGGUCGCAGAAUGAUUUACAGAACAUGCAAAGUGGAAAAUCUGCGGAAUGAUUUGUAUAUCUUGCUUGUAUAUCCUAAGGUCAUAUCUUUCUCCCCAUUUUUUUUCAAUUCUUUUGAUAUAUGCAGUUCCGGGGGUAUUCUCCUUAAUGAAGGAACACAUGAUUACUUGUUAGAAGACGUCGAUGGAGGGUUAUAGACUUAUAGUUCUAGCGACAGGUUUCUCCUGCAUAGAAAAUUAGGUUUACCUUAAAGGCGAUUGUUUUGUACAUCUUUUCUUUUUUAUUAUGAUUCUUUCCUUGUGUAGAAACCAAGUUGUACAUGAGUUACAAAGGAUCAAUUGCAAUUUUUGGUCAAAGCAUGAUUCUUGAUAAGUUUAUGCUGAUGAACUCUGUACAUGAUUUUGUUAUUAAAUUUUGACAGAUAUUUUCCCC